UGGCUGUGUAUUUGUUUCAGACAUGGCCGAAACAACAGGAGAGGCAGCGAAAGGGGGUCCAUAUUUUCACAAAGAGAGAAUAAAAUGUAGCCCCGAAGAAGAGGCCAAGCUAGAAAGACAACAUUUCUGGAGGAUAAUCGAUGCAUUUAGAUUUUACAGGGUCCAUGUAGAGGAGCAGGUCAAACGUGCCGAGCGUCAGUUUCUGAGUCUACCCAAGCGCCACCAGAAUAUGCUGCCAAAUGUUAUGUCUAACCUGGCCCGGAUCAGUAAGUGUGCGGACCACAACCAGGAGGUGCUGCAAGCCAUCAUUCACAAUAGCCUCCACAUGUUUGAGAACAUUGAGUAUGGUGAGAGGGAGGAUCCACGUAAGGCACGCCCAUCCACAACGUUUGACAUGGACAAGCUUAAGUCAACGAUAAAGCAGUUUGUCAGGGACUGGAGCGACGUGGGCCGGGCUGAGAGGGACUCUUGCUACCAGCCUAUCAUCCAAGAGAUCCAAAGACUUUUCCCAAAUGACCAAUAUGAUGUGUCUAAGGUGAGCGUGCUGGUGCCGGGUGCAGGGCUCGGCCGUCUAGCAUGGGAGAUCGCUCGGCUGGGUUACACCUGCCAGGGCAACGAAUGGAGCUUCUUCAUGCUCUUCUCUUCAAACUUCGUUCUCAAUAGGUGUGAAAACUUGAACUCUCUGACCCUGUACCCCUGGAUCCACCAGUUCAGCAACAACAAGAAAUCCACCGACCAAACAAGACCAAUCACAUUCCCUGAUAUCAACCCUCAGAGCUUACCGCUAACCUCAGACUUCUCCAUGGUCGCAGGUGACUUUGUGGAAGUCUACAGUGAUCCAGAGUCCUGGGACUGUGUGGCUACCUGCUUCUUUAUUGACACAGCUCAUAAUGUCAUCGAGUAUGUGGAGACGAUCUGGAAGAUUCUUAAACCUGGGGGAGUGUGGAUCAACCUGGGUCCACUGCUGUAUCAUUUUGAGAAUAUGGCCAAUGAGCUCUCAGUUGAACUCAGCUAUGAAGAUAUCAGGACAGCGAUUGUUAAUUUUGGCUUCCAAUUUGAGAUGGAGAAAGAGUCUGUUCAGACCACGUACACGGAGAACAACCACUCUAUGUUGAGAUACGUUUAUGACUGCGUCUUCUUUGUGGCAAGAAAACCUGCAGACCUGUACUUUAACGGCCGAGAAGAAGAAGAAGAAGAAGAAGAAGAAGAAGAAGAAGAAGAAGAAGAAGAAGACGACCAGCUUCAGAGUUUUCCAUCGGCGGCUAAGUCACCUCGGAGAGAAGGUACCGACAGCCUGACGUGACAGAAGGUCCUCUGAUACAAAUCUUUAACAUGGGGAACCAUUCAUUAAGCAAAGAAAAGACAGAAAAAAUGAAACAGAAAUGACUCAGAGGAAGAAAAAUCAUUGGACUAAAGUUUUCAUUUCGGUCUUUUUCAUUUUUAUGGCGCACCUCAUGAUGAAAUGAACCCAACAACACAGACUCUGUUUGUUUGUGGGACAGGUUAGAUUUACAAUAAUCAUACCAUGUUCUACAGAACCCCUGAAUACACCUUAAACUCUAUCUCUCUUGAUACCUGAGUUUGAGAGGUGUUUUUCACGUGUUUUAUGUGACAGCUACAAGCAAUGAAAAUGUGGAUUUCUUUUAACUGCGAGCCUGCCUGCCAGACCGCCUCAGCCCUUACUAUCUCUCCACUCCAUUGACUGAAACUGAGGCUGUGUGUGUGUUGUGUGUGAGUAUGAUAGGAGAGCAUGAUGUUAACAUUUGCUAUUGAAAUCAUAUUUAUUUUAUUCAAUUAUUCUACCGAUAACUGCCUACUUAUUUACAUCGAUCAGUCAUCAGUUUUUACUGAAAUAUAAUCAUUCAUCUUCCAACUUUCCAGGACUUCAUUGUUUUAAAUUUGAGUAUGACUUUCAUUCACUUUCUGGUUUCUUAUCACACUUUGGAAUAAAGCCAAACAUUUAAAGCAUA